UUUAUCUGGGGUUUUAGGGAACACCCAUUUUAGGCAGCGAGCUAAAUGGAGUCAAUAGCUCUAGGAUUAACAUGCACUGCCACUGUUUUCCCUCAUUCUUUUCCUUCAACUUCAUCUCUCUCAGCAACUUCAACUUUUAAUUCAAUCAAAUAUCCAUCCACCACAGCAUUGCGAAGCAAGGGGAUUGAAGAGAAGGACCUUUAUGGACUUCCAAAGGAAUUUUAUGAUGAUGAAUGGCAAGCUAAACAAAGGGAAAAGACUAAGGAAUUGCAUAGACGACGUCAACAGGAGGAAGAGGAAGAGGAGGAAAAGAUAGAUGAAUAUCGUGAAAUUGGAUUGCGAUUGAAAGAUUAUCCAGAAGAAGAUCUUGUAAAGGCCAAGAAAUUGGUUGCCAGCUUCAUUAGAUCAGCUGAAGAAGUGGAAGAGAAAAUUGAGGAAGCUGCAGAAAAAGGUGAACUCGAUGAACUUGUUCUAUUGAUCAUAUGGAAUCGGCUUGAUCUUGCUCGGCGUGAUGAUGAGAAGGAUGCAGUUCGAAGUCUUGAUCUCUUGUACAGGCGAGUUGAGACAGAGAUUUUGAAGCGGGAAGCAACUCCUGCCAUGAGACUACUGAAUGAUCUUCUGAAUAUGCAUGAUGGUGGACUAGACAAUGAAGGAUGGCUCAAGGCAUGUAAAAAACAUAUGGUUGAUACAUUUCCUCGAGAGGACCCAUUUAGCAUUCUUGUACCUGCAGGUUUCGACAUGGACACGCAUCAAGGUCCUCUAAGACCAAGCUUGGAAGCUGACGAUAUGCUUUUGAGGAUAGAUUUUGUCAGAGAGGUGGACGAACUGUUAAAGGAGGUGCGAUCUGAAUAUACAGAAUCAUUAGAAGCACAAGGACUUGAUCCAGAAUCAGUCGCGAGUAGAUUGAAACAACAGGAGAAGCAACGCGCAAUACAUCAAGUUGAAAGUCUUUUGGAUCUGGCCAUCAACUUGGUGUGGUAGCAAGUUGCUGCCUCUUCCCAAUUUAGAAAUAUAGGCAGAAUAGAAAUCUCAUUAGAGAAGAAAAGUUCACAGACGGUUCAUCGAUAAUAUGUCCCGUUCAUGAGGUUCCUACUACCAUUAUAGUUACGACGACUCCAUGCCACCAAGUUAUAACAUCUUAUGUAAGAUAAUUUUGCCAUUUCUCCUUCCUUCCCCUCCCCAUGGAAAAAAACUGUGUGCUUCUGCUCCUUCCCAGCCGAGAAGAGUGUCUAUGUAUUAGCUGGAAGAAUAGCAUUUGAAGCUUUACCGAGUGUACAUUUAGGGGUUGUUUGGUAGGAUACAUUAAGAAUAAUAAUGUAUGUAGUAGUUUCGUGUCUUACUAAUACCUUGUUUGGUACAUUUUU